ACUUUUUUUUGAAAUGAAAGUAUUAAACAAUCAUAUAAAAAGGCCCGCAGUAAUCUACCGGCGCGGUUUAUUUCUCAGCUUCAUUAAUUUUUCAUUGAGUGCGUUACAUAAGAGUAAGAUUUAUUGAAAUUGUACUUCACUUUCUCUGCAAAAUGGCUCCUGAAUUAACUAAACCUGCACCAGAUUUCCAAGGUGUUGCUGUAAUAAAUGGUGCUUUCAAGGAUAUUAAGCUUAGUGAUUAUGAAGGAAAAUACCUAGUUCUGUUUUUCUAUCCAUUAGAUUUCACUUUUGUCUGUCCUACUGAAAUAAUAGCUUUCUCUGAUAGAGUUGAAGAAUUCAAGAAGAUAAAUUGUGAAGUUGUAGCCUGUUCAACUGACAGUCACUUUUCUCAUUUAGCAUGGAUCAACACACCACGAAAAGAAGGUGGAUUGGGAAAAAUGAAUAUUCCAUUGUUAGCUGAUAAAAGUUGUAAAGUUUCCAAAGCCUAUGGAGUUUAUAAAGAAGAUGCAGGCAUUACAUUCCGUGGUCUUUUCAUCAUUGAUGAGAAACAAAAUCUACGCCAAAUUACGAUGAAUGACUUGCCUGUUGGCCGCUCUGUUGAUGAGACUUUAAGACUUGUGCAAGCAUUCCAAUUCACAGACAAACAUGGAGAAGGAAAUAAAAGUUUAGCGCACUUAAAUGAAUUCUCUACUAAUAAAGUGAAAUCUGUUAAAAGGCAAAAUUGUGAUGAACUUGUAGCAACUAUAGAAGCUAAGAAGAGAGAUUGUUAUGAAGAGAAAAAUAUCACCCUUGUUGCUUAAAUUUGUCCAGCUGGUUGGAAGCCUGGAGAUGCAACAAUGAAACCUGAUCCUGAGGGAAGUAAAGCGUACUUCAAAAGCCAUUAAAUUAGCUUGUAGAGCUUGUUAAUCGAAGCAUUUAAUAAAAUUUUUUGUUUUAACGUGGAAAUAAGGUUGUAAUCUUUAACACUGUUAUCAAAAUAAAUAAAUUUCUUUUUUAA